AUGCCAUCGUUGCUGUCCCGCCAUCAGCACGAUGCCGCCGCCGCCUCCUCCGCCCUGACCAUCCCCUUGGUCCUGCUCGCCGCCUCCGUCCUCGCCAACAUCGGCACCUCGACCAAGCACGCCCUCCUCACCAGCGCAACUGCUUGGCUUUCGCUAUGCAUCUACACAACGUCAAAAGUAGGCGCGAGGUCAUUGUUGGACGGCGCGCCUUCGCAACGACUGGCAUGGGCAGCGGGCGGGAUGUUUGCUUUGGCACAGGUGUGCGAAAGAGCUGUUGAUGGGAAGGGUAUCUGGUGGGCGAAGGUCAAUACGCCAGACUACACGAGUAAGGAGCUCUGGCUGAGAUAUUUUCACAGGCACUGCUACCGCUUUUGAUCCAUCUCUUCACCAAGAGCGGAGUCUUCGAGCCAAGCGAUACCCAAUUGGAAACACCUGCAAGCCCAGUCAAAGACAGGCAUGCUUCGUCGACGUAUGGCUCCAAGUCUACACUGGCGCUUCUUACAGUGUCUGGUCUCGUCGCAGUCUAUGCGCACUUGGGCUCAAUAUCCGCCGUCGCGCUUGGGCUGUCCCACGCCGUGCUACAAGUGCUUGCGUUAGACCUGGUGGAGCGCGCCAAAGGAGCAGCUAAACAUCACACUUCAAAUGGCGGCAGCGUCAUCUACUCCGCCAGUGGACUGCUCACGCAGUCGACGAAAGCUCCCGCUUCGAACCAAGAGCAAUGGCUGGCCUUGGUGCGAGACGUGUCUACUGCUGGAGGGCUAGCCGCAGCUGUCGCAGCACUCACGCUUGAGAGCUUUCGCUUCGGUGGACUGGCAUAUUAUGGCCUGCUCGGACAAGCAAUGGGAAACCACUGGGUGUUUGGCCAGGGCGUACUUUCGCUGGUAUACGCCGUGGGCACCAUCGCCGUUCACAUGGCCAUGUACGGCGCGCUGCUACUGGCUGUAAGUCUCAACUUCUCGCGUAUCAAGAUUUGCAGGACUUGGCAACGCAUCUGUCCGACUAUUGCCAAGCAUGUUGUUGGCAUGAUGGUCGAGAAGACAAUGGGACUACUAGGUACCACCUUGAAGAUCUGCCAGUCUUGCUUGGAUGAUUUCCAGAGACGGCCCAUCCCGAGCCGUUAGCGUGGCCACCCUGGCGCGAUUGACAUGGGCUUGUUGCAGCUCGGCGGCCGAGACCAAAAACUAACUCCCUUCCCAGGUCCAACGACACGGCGCACUCUCCACCAGUCUCGUCCCUCUCGCCGCUGCUCUCGUCUCGCAGCUCCUGCUUGACUUUUCUUUCUCCAGCCUGUGGUUUGCGGUGCUAUGCGCCUGCUCUGCGCUUUCCUUCCUCGAUGAACAGGACACUUUCAUUCCCCGCUCAAGGAUGAAGCUACGAGCUGGCAGCAUUCUGACGGCGACAGGCCUUGUAUCUUUCGCCAUCCUAACGAUCUACUAUCUACAGCACUCAUCGCGAGCUGCGGCCCUUAAUCCCUUCGUCCCUCAUCCUCCUGGCUUGGACGCCGUCGCAUUGGGUAGAACAUUAGAGCCGUUGAACGUUUCGAGCCGAAAAGUCCAUCCGAUCAAGACACUUGUACAAGAUGCCCAGGCAUCAUGGAACGUCAAGCUCCAGUCGCAGUCGCACACGCUCGAAGCCGCGGUCACUGAAUACAAGCGUAGAUAUGGCAUGCCUCCACCACCUCACUUCGACAAGUGGUACGAAUUCGCCAAGCGUAAAGGCGUUCAGCUGAUUGACGAAUACGAUACCAUCUACCACUCGCUAUUACCUUUCUGGGGCCUAUCGCCGAGCACGAUACGCGCAAGAGCACAGGAAGCUUUGGGUUUUGGUGACAACCAGCUGAUGGGGCUGCUCAUUCGAAAUGGAAAGGCAGCACACGUUGAAGGCGGCCAGGAGUGGCUUCAACAAGCGGCAGUGGGCAUGAUGGAGUCGUUCAUCGACUACCUUCCCGACAUGGACCUUGCCUUCAAUGUGCACGACGAGCCCCGUGUCGUCGUACCUCAUGAUGAGCUAUCCCGUCUGAUUGAAGUCGCGCUCCAGAAGAACAUACCGGCAGCGUCAGGACAGAAGACUCCCAAAAAUGCGUUCUCCCCAAGACCGGAGGACAUCAACAGCGGCAAGCGAGUGUUGGAAGUCAAGACUACACGAUUCAACGUCUUUGCGCAUCAGCCUACAUGGAUACCUUCACGUCUGUCUUGCUCUCCGCAGAGUCCAGCCAGAGCUAUCGAGGAGUCGAUGGCUUUGGACAAGCUUAGUGCCUAUGCUUUGAGCGAGCUAGGUUUCGUCUACAACCAUACGGCUUUCUCAGAUGUGUGUAAUUCGCCAUCUUUCAGCAAGUCGCAUGGAUUCUUCGACAGGCCCAACGCGUUCAACGUGGUGCACGAUCUGUUCCCCGUCUUCAGUCAGAGCAAAAUGUCCAGCUUCCAAGACAUCCUCUAUCCGAGUCCUUGGUAUUGGUAUGGAAAGGUGGAGUACAAAGAAGGCAAGGACAUGGACUGGGAAAAGAAGCAGAAUCGUCUAUGGUGGCGAGGCAGCACUACUGGCGGCUUCAGUCGAGCUGGCGGGUGGAAACGACAGCACCGCCAACAGUUUGUGCGCAAAGUGAACGCCCUCGACGCAGCCAAGGUGCUCAAGCACAGCAAUGCAGGCGCCACUGACGAGAAUCCAGACGAAGCGAAAUGGGUUGUCCAAGAGGUUCCACGCCAAGACUACAAGGAUAUCAUGGAUGUGCACUUCUCUCAUGUGGGGCAAUGCGAUCCUGGUGACUGCGACGCACAGCGCGAAUUCUUCAACAUCGUCGAGCCGGCAGAUCAGCAAGAAGCUUGGAAGUUCAAAUAUCUGCUCGACAUGGACGGAAACGCUUUCUCGGGUCGAUUCUACGCGUUUUUGAUGAGCCACAGUCUCACUUUCAAGAUGUCGGUCUUUCGUGAGUGGCAUGAAGAGUGGAUCAGACCAUGGGUGCACUAUAUCCCACUCAGUCUAAGAGCAGAUGAAGUACUGGAGUCCGUGAGGUAUUUUGACGGGGAAGAGGAGGGUAGGCCAUUGGCAACCAGCAUUGCUGAAGAAGGACGAGACUGGGCGUUCAAGGCGCUGCGUAAUGAGGAUCUUGAAGUCUGGCUGUUCAGACUACUGCUUGAGUGGGUGUCCUCGCGUCUGAUGACAUUCCGUUCCGCUGACACAAUCUCCAGGUACGGCAGAGUCAUUGACGACAACCGCGCAUUGAUAGGCUAUUCGGGAUCAUAG